AUGACCAGCCGGAGCUUGCUGAGCUGGGCUUUGAUGCUACUUCUUUCCAGUACUGCCUGCUCUCUGGACUGUCACUUUCAACGGAGGGGCAUCUGGGAGAUUGUACAACAUUUAGAGAACCUUGGAGGAAAAUUUCCCCUGAGAUGUCUGAAGGACAGAAGCAACUUCAGAUUCCUCCAGGUUGCAAAAAUCGACCAGCUUCCGGAGGAAACUGCUUUCCCGGCCAUCGGAGAAAUGCUGCGACAGGUCUUCAACACUUUCAGCCUGAAUGUCUCCCAAUCGUUGUGGAAUGAAAGCCGUUUAGAGAGACUCCUAAGUGGACUGUAUCAGCAAACAGAGAAGACAGGGGUAUGCCUGGAGCAGGACUCUGGGCAGGAGGAUCAUUCAUCCUCGCAAAGGGAGGGUACCAGACUUGCAAUAAAGAAUUAUUUCCAAGGCAUCCGUGACUAUUUGCAAGGCCAAAAGUAUAGCCACUGUGCCUGGGAGGUCAUCCGUGUGGAAAUCCGAAGGUGUUUUCUCUUCAUUGAGCAGCUGACAAGAAGACAUCGGGACCAAGAAAUAGGUCACUUACAUAACUAA